AUGUCAGGAAAACGAAAGAAGGUUGUAUUGACGAUUGCGCAAAAACUAGAAUUAAUUUCCAAAGUAGCAAACGGCGCUACAAGGCAGCAGAUGGAAUUGGAUUACGGAAUCGCGGAAACAACACUGCGUGACAUUCUAAAGCAAAAAGACAAACUGGUGAACUUUGCAUCAAUGUCGGACAGUGCUUCCGCAAUGAAAACGCGAAAAAUUAUGAAGGGCCCUACCUUUGAUGAGCUACACACGGCAUUGACAGAGUGGUUAACUCAAGUUCGAAAAGAGGGUACUCCUGUAAAUGGUCCUAUCAUUGCGGCGAAGGCAAAAACCUUUUUUGAGUUGUUAGACCUGAAAGGAAAUUUUGAUGCGUCUUCUGGCUGGUUGACUCGUUUUAAGCAGCGACAUGGAAUGCGAGAAAUUGGACUUCAUGGAGAGAAACUUAGUGGUGACCAACAAGCAGUUGACGAUUUCCAACAUGAAUUUGAAGAAUUUGUUUUAAAAGAGCUAUCUUUUGAACAAAUUUACAAUGCCGACGAAUCGGGACUUUUGUGGACAUGUCUUCCCACUCACAUUUUAGCAUUUGAAAGUGAAAGUAAAUCGGCGGGUCAUAAAAGCAGCAAGGAAAGGAUCACUAUCAUGUCUUGCAGUAACGCUACCGGUGGACAUAAACUUAGAUUUGUUGUCAUUGGAAAGUCAAAAAAACCGAUAUCUUUCAAAGGCACAAAGUUUUGGAAACACUACACAAUCUUGGACAGCAUCUACGAUAUUGCAUCUGCAUGGGACUCAGUGAAACCGUCAACCCUCACAAAAUCAUGGAGAAAACUCAUGCCUAAUGUUGAAGCCAACAACAACCUAACCCCUUUGAGUUGUGAAGAUGUAGACACGCCCACGGCAACUCUUGCCGAUAUGGUGAAAACAGUUCCGGGUGGUGAGAACGUCGAUGUUGAAAACAUUAACGAGUGGUUGGAGUGUGACGUCAACGAACCUGGCUUCGAACGCUUGGCAUAUGACGAAAUUGUGAAGAAAACAAGGGGAGAGACCGAGAAUGACGGAGAGCGAAGUGAAUGCGAAGAAGAGCCCACUGUGCAGAUGCGAAAGACUCGCGAAGCGGCUUUGCAACAAGUCGACGGACUGCUGAGCUAUUUGGAAGAACAAGAUGACGCGGAGUUGGCCGAGAAACUUAUGCUACGAAAAAUGCUAUCUCGGAUCAAGAGUACCACUUUCGCUCACAAGAAAUCUGCAUCCAGAUCCCACUAUUCAAUGAAGCUUUUCUGGAUUAUGGUAUUCUGCAUUGCUGUUGUCACACUUGUCUCAAGUAAACCGUCUUCAUUGAGAGAUCUAACCAAAGAGGCUCCGAGGGUCCACAAAGAUGGUUUGAUUGGUUCUAUGAAGAUGGUCAAAAGAAUUAAAAGAUCCCCAAGAAAUAAUGAUGGUAUGGAUGCGACUACUCAACCCGCCAUGACUGCCACAGAAAGUUCUGAUCCAGGUCUGCUUGGAGGCUUAAAUGCAUUGCUUGAUGGUAUUGUCAAACUUCUUGGGGACCUUUUGGGCACCGUUCUUUGA